AUGCACCUCCCCGCGCGCGGCGCCAGCCCGCUGCUAGCCGACGUCUCGCGCGCCGAGGCGGCCGCGCGCGGGCGCGAGCAGCCGCUGCCGCGCCCCGCGCCGUUGCUGCGCGGCCUGUCGCUCGGCGGCGCGGCCGCCGCGCUGGCCGCUGGUGCGGGGCGGGCGCGGCGGCGGCGGCAGGGCGGCCGCGUGCGCGCGGGCGGCGCGGGCGCCGCGAGGCGCGCCGGCGCCGGCCUGGGGCGCCUCGGGGCUGCGCUGCGGCGGGGCUGCCGCCCCGAGGGCGAGCGGGCCCGCGCCGGCGGCGGGGCCUGCAGGAGUGCGGCUGCGGGCGCCGCCGCCGCCGGCGCCGCCGGCGCCGGCGCCUCUGACGCCGCCAGCGGCGAGCUGCGGCGCCAGGGCGGGGCGUCGGCGCCGCCGUCCGCCUCGGGACGCCGCCACACGGUGGCGCUGCUCGGGGCGGAUGGGCCCGCGAAGGCGGCCGUGCGGCGGGUGCUGCUGGGCCCGGGCGGGGCGGCGGAGGCGCCAGCAGCAGGCCAGCUCGGCGAGCAGGAGCUGCAGGCGACCAACAGGGUGUGGUGUAGACCCAGCCCCUCCGCGCUGGCGUUGGUGGAGGCGCCGGGGCACGUCGACUUCCUGCCCUUCGUGGACAUCGCGCUGCGCGUGUGCGCCGGCUCGGUCCUCCGCGUGCGGCACGCGCGGCGGCCGCUGGGCGUCGUGCUGUGGGCUUCGCGCGAGGAUGUGGCGGAGAUGACCCCGCAGGCCGCGUCGACGGCCUUCUCCCGCGCGAUGGCUGACCUGCGCCGCCUCGGCGUGGAGCCGCUGGCGCUCAGCGUGCCCGCCGCCCAGCCUGGCUUCGCCCUGCAGAGCGCGCGCGCGGGCGCUGUCGAAGCCGCGCUGGCGGCGCCUGGGCACGCUGGCGACAGCGCCACCACCGACUGGCUGGACGUGGUCGCCCCAGUGGGCGACGUGGCCAGCGGCGCGGAGGCCGGCACCUGGGAGGGGUCGGACCCUCGCACGGGAGCGAGGGAGCUGGUGCGGCCUGCCGCGGACGCGCCGUUCGCCGGCAUAACGUUCCAGACGACCUACCUGGACGGGGGCUCCCGCAAGGCGCUCGACAUGCUGGUCGUCCGCGGGGCCCUGCACGCAGGGCAGCGCCUGCACAACGCGACCACGGGGAGCCACGCCAUCACCGCCCCGCCGCUGCAGCGCAGCGGGGGCGCGCCCGGCGAGACCGUGCCAGUCGCUCUGCCAGGCGACGUGGUGCGCCUGACGCUGCCCUCUGCCGAGGCGCCGCCCGGCAGCGGCUCGCUCUGCACGUGGUGCGAGCCCUCCGCGCCAGUGCGCUUGCAGGUGCUGCACACUCAGGCCUACGAGCUGCUUGCGGGCCGGCACUGCACGAAGGCCGAGGACCAGAGCCUGCGGGUCGAGUGGGAGCCGGGCGACGGCGAGAUGCAGCUGACCACCUGCGGCGAGGAGCAGCUGCGGCGUCUCUGCCGCACGCUGCGCUCGAGGUGGGGCGUCCACCUCGGCCUCCAGCCGUGCCGCAUACAGUACCGCGCCACGCCGUGGUGCACCACAGAGGUGCGGGUCGCGGCAGGCUCUGGGGCCAGCGCCUUCGCGAUCACCGCUCGCGUGGCACCUGCGAGCAGGGGCGCAGGCGUGCGAACCUCCGCGGAGAAGUGCGUGCUGCGCAGCAUCGGCGGCCAGAGAGGGCUGCGCGCCUUCGCCCGCGGCGUGCGCCGCACCUGCGAGCGCGGCGUCGUCGCGCUGCGCGUGGGCCGCGGGGGCCGCGCCCGCGACGCGGGCGCCGCGUUCGCCACCCUGCCCGUCGUGGACGUGGACGUCCGCCUGCUGCGGCUGGACCUCGAGGCCGCCGGCGCCUACGGUGCCGCCGUGCGCGAGGCCGCGCUGCUGGCCGCGGGCGCCCGCUGCGUGCGGCGCGCGCUGGGGCUGCCGAGGUCUGCCGCUGGCGGCCCGCCGGGCGCCGCGGGCGCCGCGUGGCUCGCCGCGCCCGCCGUGCGGGUGCUGAGCCCGCUGGCGGAGCUCGCCGUGCGCGUGCCCCGCAGGUACGCGGCCCGCGUCGCCGGGGAUCUGCGCGCCCGAGGCGGCCGCGUCCGCGCGCUGCGCCGGGCGGCGCCGUCGCUGGUGUCCGUCGAGGCCAGCGUGCAGCAGGCGAGCGUGCAGGGGUACGGCGCGGUCUUAGCCGCCCUCACCGACUCGACCGCCACGUUCGCUACGCACCCGGGGGGCUACGCGGAGGUGGCCCCCGCGGACCUGCCGAGAGCCCUGGCGGCCAUGGCGCGGGAGGCCAAGUCCGGGCCGCGGAGCCAGAGGUGCCCCUCGCCGCUCUGGACGUAG